GGGUUGCACAGCCAUGGUAUUCACUGCCAAGGAUCGCUGCCUACGCUAGGCUGAAGAGGGAAUGGCUCGGACCCAGCUACGUUUGGCAUCUCGAGCUUCAUUCCAGCCUUCUCCCCACUUGCCCUCCUCAUUCCUCGUCUUAUCCUUAAGAUGGUCUUCUGGUCGACUGACUGUGUUGUCGUUGUUCCUGCUAAUCGUUAGACGUGCUGUUUUCGCUAUCGCCGUUCUCCGGCUGUUUCUUAGCUUCGCAGGCACAGUUCAGCCGUGCAGUCAUCAAUUCGCUCAGGCUAGCAAGCGCUCCCACCUCUACCACUUCUCGGGCCCCGUCCACGCCCUUCAGCGUUCGAUAUCAUGAGUCAGCCGGGUAACGAAAGCAACGAAAGGGCCGACAACUUCGAACACCACCCCCUCGCCGACGCCAGAGCCCAGAUCCGCCUGGUCAGAGUUCACCCGUACGAUGCAGACCAUCCUAAUUCCGUACUCCAAGUCACCAUCAAGGCUUUCGACCGAAAGGAAGCUUUCAAGAACUACCGAGCUCUUUCCUACCAAUGGGGUGAUGCGAACCCGGAGUACCGGAUUGAGAUCAACGGGAGAGCAUUUAUUGUGCGCAAGAACCUCAACGAGUUCCUCAAACAUGUGUCGCGGAAACAAACCGAGGAACCCACGAACUGGGAUGGCUGGUAUUGGAUUGAUGCGUUGUGUAUCAACCAGAUCAAUGGAGAGGCCGACGAGAAAACCAUGCAAAUCGACAGGAUGUGCGAGACCUACGAGCAAGCGGUGCAAACCAUUGUUUGGCUAGGUCCGGGUAACGUGAAGAUGAUGAGGGCAAUGUCAUAUUUUGACAGGGUGUCAGCAACUGACGUCAUAUUCCGGUCUGCUAAUGUGCGCAAUUCCUUACGCAAUGAUGCGGACCUCUUCACGGCCGUUGAUGAAGUCGUCAGCAACUCGUAUUUUGCGCGGGUCUGGAUUGUGCAAGAAAUCGCCGUUUCAGAGAAGGACGGUAGGGAAUCCGCAAUAGAUGACCGAAUAAGAGUAAUAUCUGGAGGCGCGGCACUUCCGUGGAGAGUGUUCACGCUGGCUGUUAAGGCAAUAUCAUGGUCUGGGCUCAAACAUAAUGACGCUGGCGAAGCCCUCAGACUCGACGAUAUCGCAAGAAUAAGGAGCCUUCAAUUUAUCGCCUCGACAUACGCCAACGGAACAGAAUUGAUGACGCUGGAAACGUUGGUUUCCAUGUGCAGAGGGAGGGAAGCUUCGAAAGGACAGGAUUACAUAUACGCGCUACUAAGCCUGGCACACUGGGAUGUCCCUGAUCAUAGGAUCCUAGCGGACUACAACCGCUCCGGUUGUUCAGGGAUCUGCUCAGCCAUUAGGCAUAUUAUAGAGGUGGGUUUGCCAGAUCCUUCAAACCAUCUCAAGUCGCGCCUGCGGGAAAAAUGCGAACGGCUGGUCGAGACCGCACACCACAGACCGUUCGACCGCAGCCGUGAAAUGGAAAGCCUGCGUCAUAGUUGUUCUGGGAGGUUUUAUGAUAUGAAGGAUUGCAGCAAGGAUACAUGCAGUGGCAAUCACUGUAACGCUUUGGACAUCUGCCGGGCUAUCGCUACGGUGCUCAAUGAACUGGGAGUAUUGAUAAAUAGGGUAUCAUCAUACAUAGUUGAGUAAUUUACUUGACAGGACUGAACAGCACUUCUCCAUCGGAGUCGUGGAGUUUGGAUGAAGAUUUCGACUUUCUGGAAUGAAGAGGAGUUUACCUGAUAUAUAAAUACUCCUCUCUUUGUAAGCGAUUUCACAAGUUCCUUGCGUAUCGUCAGCGUCUAUCCUAGAUCAAAUCCGUUAGCAUCUUCUCUCACCGAAAUUAUUAUCCUUAAAGCCUUAUGUGGAAAGGGAGCAGAGGACUGGGAAUCACGAAUCGGUCGUGAAUUUGCAUUGGCGAGAAAAGGGGUCCGGCUCAUGUCCAGUGAGAACUAUACUCUUGGUCUUCUCUUGCGUCACGGAAUGAGGAGGCUAUCCAUUCAUUCCCUGAAUUCAACGAGUGCAUUC